GUGAUGAAGAGUCUCCGCCACAAGUAUGUGAUCAGUUUCUUCCAGGCAAUUGAAACCACCUCCCGCCAUUACAUCAUCAUGGAGUUGGCACCAAGUGGCGAUGUCUUAGAAUGGAUCCAGAAGUCAGGAGCUUGUUCGGAAGCUCUGGCUGGGAAGUGGUUCUCCCAGCUGGCCCUGGGGAUCGCCUACCUGCACGGCAAGGGCAUUGUGCAUCGCUUCACCUCUUCCAUCCUUUCCCUGAACCGCAGGGACCUUAAGCUGGAGAACCUUCUCCUGGACAAGCGUGAGAACAUCAAGAUUUCCGAUUUUGGCUUCUCCAAGAUGGUGGCUGCCCAGAUGCAGCCCCCGCCCACCCCCUCGUACCGCAUGAUGAGCUGCUUCUCCCACCUCAGCCAGACCUACUGCGGAAGCUUUGCCUACGCCUGUCCGGAGAUCUUGCUGGGCCUGCCCUACAACCCCUUCCUCUCUGACACGUGGAGCAUGGGGGUCAUCCUCUACACCUUGGUGGUGGCUCACCUGCCCUUUGAUGACACCAACCUCAAGAAGCUCCUGCGAGAGACCCAGAAGGAGGUGGCUUUCCCCAGCCACCUCCAGAUCAAUGAGGAAAUCAAGGACUUGAUCCGUCGCAUCUUGCGCCCAGCCUCGAAACGGCUCAACAUCCUGGAGAUCCUCAAAGUCUCUUGGGUGCUGAAGUUCUUGGCGGAAAAGCCCACCACGGAAAUGAAGGCCCUGGAGGCUAUCUGCGGACCCCGGACAGUGGAGGCAGGCAAAAGCACAGCGCCCACCACGAAAUCGAGGUCCCUCACCUUCACCGCUGAUAAAAAAAAAGCAGCCAGUCGGACUCGCAGCACCGGCCAGAUCAAGCCGUCGAAGAACACGGAGAAAACGAGCUGAAAGGCCCAUUAAAAGAUGAGAGACUU